AUGUCGAAGGCAAUCGGUACAAUAUUCUUAGCCCUCUGUCUGGUCAGCUUGAUCGAUGGUCAAGGCUCACUGCUGGACAUGUCGCAGCAGCUAUGGGCGAAGCUGCUCUCCGGUGGAUUCUCUAAAGCAGGCAAACUGGACCCACUGAGGGUACCAGUGAUCAAAGUGGACCAGUCCGAAGGGGACACGAGCUACAGAAUAAUUUUACGAAACGUGGAGAUCAAUGGGUUGAACGACUCGACGGUGGAAAGUAUUCACAUAGCCAAAGGACGAUUGAAAUCGAACUUGAGCGAACUGGAGGCUGGCUACGUGAGCUACAGCGAUCUGAGGGAUCUCGACUCGAUUAGAUACCGAUUCCACACGUUGAUCAAAGAGCCGAAGCUGCAGAACGAAAGUUUCGAGGCUAUAGUCUCGGCGACCAAUCAGGAGAACAAGUUCAAGGCCGCGUCCAGCGAACAGGAGCGUCGCUACGAGAGUCUCAGACGGUACGAUCCGUUCCUGAUGAGGAUCCAGGCGGAACAGAUGAGGGAGCCGGCGGAUCAGAAGGAUCAGAAGACCACGCAAGAGUCGAACUACGGACGUUUCAGCAUGGAGGGCGCCAGGGUUGUCUCCAGGCCGGAGAUCGCUCGAAUGGUUGACGGUCCGAGGUAUCCUUCGGACGUUCAGACGGUCUACGCCUCGAAAUCCGGCGCCAACUCGAGGAACUAUCAACAGAGAGAGAACUACGAUCGAACCAGACAGGAUUCCUAUCCCGAACGUUAUCAGGAAAACGAUCAAAGGUACGACGACGUCCAAACUGCAGCGUCUGAGAGUGUCGAGAGGAGAGUCAAGGGACAAACGAUCCUUCCUGGUGCUGCUGCCAGGGAAUCUGUGUCUCAAGCUGGGCUGGAGAAGAAGCCUGGGUAUAUCGAUAUUGUUUACGCCGAUGGAAAUAACAAUGGUAGCGUGAAACGAUUUGGAAAUGGAAGGAUCGAGUCUAAGGAGGACGCUAUGGUGUACGGUGUUAAGGACAUUCCGAUGGAUGUUCUAGAGAAAAGGAAAAUGCUGAGCCACAACUGCACCGAUGGAGAACCCCUAACCAAGAGGAACGACGCGAUCAAGGCGGCCAUAGAAACGAAAAGUCUGAAAGAUCUGAAGAGAUACGCGACGGACUAUCAGGAGAAGCAAGGAUACUUCGAGGAAGGAAUGCAGUUGGUCUACCAUUACGGUGGAAUGGAUUCGAAAAAUUCAAGGGACAGCAAGAACGCUCCGGGAACGAGGCAAAAACGCGCCCACAAAGAAAACGAAACUGACGAUGACGUAAUGCACGUGAUUUUGAAAAUACGCGUACCCAGUCUCCGCAUCAAGUCUGACUAUCAGUUGACUGGAAAGGUGGGAAAAGAAUUGGUGAGAGGAAACGGACGUCUCAAUGGCAACUUCACCGAGCUGGUGGGAGACUUCACGAUAGAAUUGAAGAAAAUUAAAGGUCAGGAUACGUUAACGGUGCGAGCAGCGAGAAGCAAAUUGUCGGCGAAGACUCAGAAAGUCGAUCUUCAGGGAAUGGACGAAAAAGGACCGGUCAAAUCGAUUCUCAGCCGUGGUCUGAUGGCCGCUGAGGCGGUCGCCGCGAUGCUUGCCGAUGACCUGGCGACCAAAGCGCUGAACGAGAAGACGGCCGACGCGAUGAUAUACAGAAUGUACAAAAAUCUGCCGGUUAAUUGA